UGUUAUUUUAAUGCUUUUUCAAGAAUAUUUCUGCACGAACCCACAGCUUAUAUCUUUUGAGUGAUGUUAUUUGCAUCGUUUACACGUAAACAAAACUGCAAAAUUAAAAUUUAAAAAUUAUCAUUUUUUUGUCCGGGAUUUUGUCAGGAAUUGAAUGUGAUAAAGAAUACAAUUAUUUUUAAUUUUUAAUGCAAAGUUGACAGCAUUUUGUUAUAAUAUGGCCAAGAAACGGCUUUUUAACAAAACAUAAUAUCGUUUUAUAGACGUUUUAUAAGAGACGCCGAGACGGAUGUCGUAAGAGCGACUUCAUCGAAAAUAUUUUAGAACGGCUGGCAUGGCGGUUCAUUUUGAAAGAGGAACAGCACAUGUGGAUUGGUGUGAACCAAACUACGCUAUUUCGCCUAAUAUUGCAGAGUUUUUCAAUACGGUAAGACCAGUGGCUGUUUUAAAGGUUGCCAUUUAUGGGCAAUAUAAAUAAACAUUGGUAUUGUGUCUGUAAUUUUUAUUAUGGCUUCUGAUAUUCAAUUCCCAGAGGAAGUUGUAUAAAUUUGGAUAUUCAAAUCGGAAUUUAAUUGAGAGUACACAAUAGACUCUUUGCAGUUAACUUAAAAUAGUUGAGCAGUACGUACGUGACUGGAGAGAUUUGUAGACAAAGAUGUAAGACAAAGCUUAGAAAGCUUGCUCUCCAGAUAUUAAUGUUACUGUGACAUAGAGUUUUUUUUGCAUAGCUGCAAAGGGUCCAUCGAAUGAAUAAAUUAUCGCUCUGUUUAAUGUAUUUCUCUACAUGGCAUGUUAGAUUAGGUUUUAAGGAUUUAGUACUAGAGACAGAUUGAGGAUUAGAUUCAUUAUAGGACAAGAUUAAGAAUUAGAUUUAGAGUGACAUAUAGGAUUAUAUAAUCUUUACUUUCUGUCUAACACCAGAUGAUUUUACUCAUCAAGGGGAGAUGGAUUAUUUUACUAUGUCUAACGCCAGACGAUUUUACCCAUCAAGGGGAGAGUGCUGGCGCUCAUUGGGUUAAGAUUUAGGAUUACAUCAGGUAUUAGAAUCAGGUUAAAAGAUGAGGUCAGAUUUAUUCUAACAAUCUCCUGUAUUUUACACAGAUAAGCAAUGUGAUAUAUUUUGUCAUACCACCAUUUAACAUGUAAGUUUGAAACAUAAUAUAUUAUUUUUCAAAUGGGUAAAUUUUUAUUUGGCAGCUGUCGUUAUAAAAUUGAAAUAAAUGUUAUUCAUUUAGUUAUUUAUUUUGGGAAUAUUCAAACAAAGUCGGCAGCAGUUUUAAUGUUGUUUGGAUUCUUAUGAUGGUUAUUGGAGCAAGUUCAGCUUAUUUUCAUGCGACCCUGAGCCUUGUUGGCCAGCUGCUUGACGAGGUUGCGAUACUGUGGGUCCUGCUAGCUGGUUAUGCUUUGUGGACACCAGAAUGGAUGAUACAGUAUACUGGAAUAUUUAAAUCAAGGUUGGUAAAAAGGUGGAGUCCAGAGAGCAAUGCAAUGGUCAUAGCACGGCCAGUUGCCAUGGUUUGCUUCGGUCACUGGUCAAAAGGAAAGUUUAUUAGGCAUUAAUGGGUAAAUAAACAUUUUUGCCCUUUUAUAGAACUGGCUUUAAAUUAGCUGCUGUAGUUGUUGCUGUGGUUGCAACCUUGUUGGGAUUUGUCUACCCAGCUGCCAACGCAAUUGCUCUGAUGAUGCUUGGUGUUCCAUGUGUGCCGAUCUUAUGGAAGGAAAUUCAAAGGUACACUAUGAAAUUGAGUGUGAUAGACCCUCUGUUCAGCUGUUGGUGCUACAAGUCUGGAACAAGUUGUUAUCACCUUGUAACAAGGUUGAUGAGGCUAACAACUGCAACAAUUAAGUUGUUCCAACAAGUUUGAUAUCGUCUGCAUGUAACAAGAUGAUGACAACAAGCUGAUAACAACUUGUUAUGAACAGCUUGUAUUAGUCUUGUUGGAACAACUUGUAACAAGGUGAUAACAAUUUGUUGUCAAAACAACUGGGAAUUAAGCAGUGUAACACAUUUUUAUGUGUAUUAGUUGAGACAAAUAAUGAAUUUCUCUUCCUCAUAUUUAGAUGCAAAAGUACAAAAGUGGUAAAACUUGCUUACAUUGGCAUAUUGUGGUGGUUUGUCGCUGUAAUGCUAUGGUUAAGUGAUCGCUUAUUGUGUGACAUCUGGAAAUAUUUUUCCUUUCCGUACUUUCACUGUGGCUGGCACGUCUUUAUCCUGCUGGGGUCGAAUAUUGGCUGCGUGCUGGGAUGUUACUUCUACUCACAUUCCGAGCAUAAGGAAUUGAAGACUGAAUUGAGUUUCUGGCCAACAAGCUUUGGCACAUGGGGAUUGCCUUACAUUGCAGUGAGGAAAAAACCAUUGCAAAAACAAACUUAAACACAACUUUUUAAGAGUUUUAGAGUAACAUAAAUUAUAUAGCCAAAUAUUAUACUGUAUUUAUUGAACUUGUAUGUAGUAAAUUUUUCAACAAUAUUCAUUGCUGUAACUUUUAGCACAUCCUUGCAAAAUACAAGACAAUUAAACAAAACCUUUGCAAAAACAAAUUUAGAGUAACAUAAUUUACAUAGCCAAAUGUUAUACUGUAUUUAUUGAACUCGUAUGUAGUAAAUUUUUCAACAAAUUGUUCAUGAUUGCUGUAACUUUUAGCCCAUACAAAAUACAGAACAAUAACAAGUUGUUGGAACAACAAUGUAACAAUCAACAUUCCAACAACUUGUCAACAAGCUGGGAACAAGCAGUACAAACACAGCUUGAUAUAUCAGCAUGUUGAAACAAUCUUGCAUAUUAAACAAGUCUGUCAAGUCAUGAAACUUGUAGCAAGUUGUCAACAAACCUGCAUGUUUUGUGAAAUUAACAACAGAUUUUUUUAUUUGGCUAAACUUUCAAUCCAAAGCAAAUUUAAACAACGAAAGUAGCAAACAUUUAGCUGCACUGUUACUGUGGAUUGUUGAAUUUUCUGGUGACUUCACAGUUCCUACCCAGAAAUGACGUCAAAUUACUAUGAAGGAUUCUACUUUAUAGUGUAAAACUAUACAAAUCUUUAUUAAUAAUCUUUCAUUAACAAUCUAUAUAUACAAACAUAAUUUAUAAUGUAAAUACAACAAUAUCAACCUCUAUAUUUAUGCUAAUACUAUGUGUAAUAUAUUACCAUUACAAUCACACAAUUUUCAAUUCGUACUCCGAACUGCAGUUCAUUUAAAAAUACCCAUCUUUCGGUGUUUUAUAAUACUAUGUUUGAAUUGUAUUGGCAACAACAUUUAUGCAGAGUGAAAGAACUCUGUAACUAAAGUAAGUAAGUUAUUUUGCAUUGAAAUGUAAAUGAGAUGACGUCACAAGCGUCGUAAAUAUUAUCAAUGUCCGCAAAAUGUCAAUCAUAUGGACAAUGCCUCAUCAUUCCAGAUCAUUUUUAAUAUGCACGUAAAUCUGCAAUGAUUUGCAUGAAUUUAUUCAAUUUAAAGAUACAUUGAAUGAUAUAUAUUUCAGCCUUACACAUGUUUUUUCAAAAAUAGACUUCAAGUAUUAAUUAUUCUGCAUUUAUUAAAUAGUAUAUAAACGAAUUUGCAGAUUGAUACACCCUAGGCCUAGCCAUAGAUAUCUAGCUCAUUUUAGCGUAUGUACAUAUAUUUGAAUAUGUACAAAAAUUUACAAAUAUGUUCUGAUUUCAUAGAAGAAACUAGGUAGGCCAAAUUAGCAACAUGCCCAGUUACCACUGUUUUCUGAUGAUUUACAUGCAAGAAUGGAAUGGUACAAAGGUAACUGGGCAUCUAAAAAUGUAUGCGAGUGAAUUGUGACGCAACAGACACGAUUUACUUUUCGUUUACUACAUGGAAUUGCCAAAUCACAAGAUCUAUAACCACGCAUGCAAGUUUUAAAAUCACUACUGCACACAAAAACUGCAGCGAAACUACAACGAACUACACAGUAUACAUCUUUUUGUCUUUUUGUCCAAAAUCUCUCAAACCUUACGGUCAAAUGUUACAAAAAUCUAUCUAUAAUACCAUGUGCUCUUAGAGGACAGGUAUUUUCUAAGCCUAAGGUAAACUUUUACAUAUUAAACAAUGAGUCCAUCAGCACUUGUUUUACAAAGUGCGUCUCGUCGAGUAAUAUAUCACACAAUAUUUUCUUAUAAUUUUUCCAUAAAUAUUUCUAUAAUCUUUUGUAAAAGGAUAAUUUUAUGUGUUCAUUUCAUUUCGCCCGUCUGUGGGCCUCGAGGAAUAUGGUCGACAACUUUUCAUCAUAUACUUUUGACUAUUCUCUUCAAUUCAUCGAUUUUUUGUUCUAUACGAUUCAAUGUCGUUUUGGUUUCAUUUAUGUUCCAACAGUUCCCGUAAACUCAACCAUUAACACAACAUAAAUUCGUGCAACAUGGAACGCAGUUUAAAUCCACGAGAUAAAACACCCCGAACCUCGCGAUGGCAACAAUUCGCUGUCAAAUAUUCU